AUGAAUGGCGGCAAUAGCAAUCUCAAACUCCUCAAGAAAUCUCUUUGCACCACCACUGUCCAUUUCAAAGAACAACCUCUCAGCCCGCCACUCACUUCCCUACAAUGUGGGAAGAUCUUGCAAUCACUCACCAACACUAAAUCUUUCCCAAAAGGCCAGAAACUCCAUGCCCUCAUGGUCACUUCUGGCAAUCUCCUGAACAAUACAUAUCUAAGUACUAAGCUCGCUGCUUUUUACGCAAACUGCGGCAGGAUGGCCCAAGCCCAGGUGAUUUUUGAUGGUAUUCUGUUGAAAAAUUCGUUCUUGUGGAAUUUCAUGAUUAGGGGAUAUGCUUGUAAUGAAUGCUCAUUAAAGGCUCUUGUUUUGUACCGUGAAAUGCUUAGUUUUGGACAAAAGGCGGACAAUUUUACGUACCCUUUUGUUCUUAAGGCGUGCGGUGAUCUGUUGCUUGUGGAAACUGGGAGGAGAGUUCAUAGUGAGGUUGUGGUUAUCGGGUUGGAGUCAGAUAUUUAUGUGGCUAAUGCUCUUCUUGCAAUGUACUCGAAAUUUGGGGAUAUGGGAUUGGCGAGGAUGCUGUUUGAUAGAAUGCUUGAGAGAGAUUUAAUUUCUUGGAACACAAUGAUUUCGGGUUAUGUGAAGAAUAAUAAUCUGAGAAAGGCUUUAGAAGUUUUUGAGGAAAUGGGAAAGGCUGGAUUAAAAGCAGAUGGCACAACAUUGCUUGGAAUCCUCUCUGCUUGUGCUGAGUUGUUGGCCUUGAAGCUGGGGAAAGAAAUUCAUGCAUAUGUGGUUCGAAAGAGUGGUGAAAUACGUAAUGAGUUUUUGACAAAUUCUCUUAUUGAGAUGUAUUGUAAUUGCAAGUCUCUGGCUUAUUCAAGGCGAUUAUUUGAUGGGGUGAAAUUGAAAGAUACCGUGUCAUGGAACUCUAUGAUUAGAGGCUAUGAGCAGAAUGGAGAUGCUUUUGAAAGCUUAAGACUUUUCUGUCGAAUGGUUAUGGAAGGUGCAGAGGUUGAUGAGGUAACUAUUAUAACUAUACUGGGAGCUUGUGACCAGAUCAAUGCCUUGCAAUUUGGCAUGUCUGUUCAUUCAUGCCUCGUCAAGAAAGGCUUUGGUGCAAAUAUCAUUGUGGGAACUGCCCUUAUAGACAUGUAUUCUAAAUGUGGAAGUCUGUCUUGUUCACGUCGUGUUUUUGAUGAAAUUCCCAGAAAAAACUUGGUUGCCUGGAGUGCUAUGAUUUCAGGAUAUGGGGCUCAUGGGAGGGGAGAAGAGGCUAUCUCCUGCUAUCAUGAACUGAUAGCAAACAAUUUUACUCCAGAUGAGGGGGUUCUUACUUCGGUUUUGUCAGCAUGUAGCCAUGCAGGCCUAGUCAAUGAGGGGAAACAUAUUUUCAACAGAAUGACCAUAGAAUACAAUGUGAAGCCUGGGCUUGCUCACUAUUCUUGUCUGGUGGAUCUUCUGGGAAGAGCAGGGCAUGUGGAUGAAGCAUAUGAGCUCAUUAAGACCAUGGAAGUAAAACCUAGCAGUGAUAUAUGGGCUGCACUUCUUUCUGCUUGCAGGCUACACAAAAAUGUCAAGCUGGCAGAGGUUUCAGCACAGAAGGUUUUUGAAAUGCAUCCAAAAGGAGUAGGGAGCUACAUUUGCCUUUCCAAUAUUUAUGCUUCUGAGAAGCGGUGGGAUGAUGUGGAAAGAGUGAGAGCCAUGGUGAGAAGUAAGGGACUGAAAAAACCACCUGGCUGCAGCUUUGUGGAGGUAGAUAAGAUGGUUCAUAGGUUCUUAGUUGGAGAUAAGUCACACCCACAGACACAUGAUGUUUAUGCCAAGUUAAAAGAGUUGAAUCUGCGGCUCACGGAGGCUGGAUACAAGCCUGACACCACUUCAGUGUUCUAUGAUGUUGAAGAAGAAGUAAAGGAGAAGAUGCUUUGGGAUCAUAGUGAGAGAUUGGCAAUUGCUUUUGCCCUUAUUAACACAGGACCAGGGACCACAAUCAGGAUUACCAAGAAUCUUCGUGUAUGUAAUGAUUGCCACACAGUAACGAAAAUGAUUUCUGAGCUUAUGAAUCGAGAGAUUAUAAUGCGAGAUAUCCAUAGGUUCCACCACUUUAGACAUGGAUUUUGCUCUUGUGGGGAUUAUUGGUGA